UUUCCGUGUGUAACCCAUAAGACCAUGUGAACCUCCCAGUCUGCAGCUUUCACCUGUAUCCACACUAGGUGCACCAGUCGACAGAAAAGUCAGGUUUUGGGGAUUCAACUCGAUCCGGAGUCAGGUGGAUAGAAGAUCCUGCAACCACUUUGUCAAUUUAAAUGCAAAACAGAGAUCUGGGGAAGAGAGAUACGAUGACCCGUUCCCCUGACUCAUCUGGUCUGGGGAUCAUUCAGCUGGGGAAGACUGGAGCAGGGAUGAGUGCAACCGGAAACACCAAACAGGUGUUUAUAGAAGAGUUAUCUUCUGAGUCUGUGACGACACAAUGUGAGGAUGUCCAGAGGAUGAAGAGGACAGCUUCAGACACUAAUGAAACAGGAGGAGCAGCAGGAGGAGGUGCAGCAGCAGCAGGAGGAAGAAGAGGUGCAGCAGGAGGAGCAGGCAUAACAGAAGGUGUACUAGCAGCAGUACUAGGAGGAGUAGCAAGAGGAGAAGGAGUAGCAGCAGUACUAGGAGGAGUAGCAAGAGGAGAAGGAGUAGCAGCAACAGGAGCAGGAGUAACAGAAGGUGUACUAGCAGCAGUACUAGGAGGAGUAGCAGCAGUACUAGGAGAAGCAGCAGGAGAAGGAUCAGCAGGAGAAGGAGCAACAGAAGGUGUACUAGCAGCAGUACUAGGAGGAGCAGCAGGAGGAGGAGCAGGAGUAACAGAUGGUGUACUAGCAGCAGUACUAGGAGUAGCAGGAGAAGGAGCAGCAGGAGGAGGAGCAGAAGGAGCAACAGAAGGUGUACUAGCAGCAGUACUAGGAGGAGCAGCAGGAGGAGCAGCAGGAGGAGGAGCAGGAGUAACAGAUGGUGUACUAGCAGCAGUACUAGGAGUAGCAGGAGAAGGAGCAGCAGGAGGAGGAGCAGAAGGAGCAACAGAAGGUGUACUAGCAGCAGUACUAGGAGUAGCAGGAGAAGGAGCAGCAGGAGGAGGAGCAGAAGGAGCAACAGGAGGAGGAGCAGGAGUAACAGAUGGUGUACUAGCAGCAGUACUAGGAGGAGCAGCAGGAGGAGCAGGGGAAGGUGUAGUAGCAGCAGUACUAGGAGGAGUAGCAGGAGGAGCAGCAACAGGAGUAUUGGUACUGGCUUUGGGAAUACCAGCAGGAAUAGCAGGAGCAGGAGUAGCAGCAGUUGCAGGAGUAGCAUUUGCAGAGAUUUUUCAAAAACUUAUGCCGAAAUCUACAAAAGGCAGGUGGAAAAGAGAAAGCCUCGAAAAAUGUAAUACAGAUCUGGUUAACAACAAUUAAACUACCUGAGAGUAUAUCGUAUGUUUGUUUCUCUAGUUGAGACUCAUGUAAAAUGUAGUACAGAUCUGGUUAACAACAAUUAAACUACCUGAGAGUAUAUCGUAUGUUUGUUUCUCUAGUUGAGACUCAUGUAAAAUGUAGUACAGAUCUGGUUAACAACAAUUAAACUACCUGAGAGUAUAUCGUAUGUUUGUUUCUCUAGUUGAGACUCAUGUAAAAUGUAGUACAGAUCUGGUUAACAACAAUUAAACUACCUGAGAGUAUAUCGUAUGUUUGUUUCUCUAGUUGAGACUCAUGUAAAAUGUAGUACAGAUCUGGUUAACAACAAUUAAACUACCUGAGAGUAUAUCGUAUGUUUGUUUCUCUAGUUGAGACUCAUGUAAAAUGUAGUACAGAUCUGGUUAACAACAAUUAAACUACCUGAGAGUAUAUCGUAUGUUUGUUUCUCUAGUUGAGACUCAUGUAAAAUGUAGUACAGAUCUGGUUAACAACAAUUAAACUACCUGAGAGUAUAUCGUAUGUUUGUUUCUCUAGUUGAGACUCAUGUAAAAUGUAGUACAGAUCUGGUUAACAACAAUUAAACUACCUGAGAGUAUAUCGUAUGUUUGUUUCUCUAGUUGAGACUCAUGUAAAAUGUAGUACAGAUCUGGUUAACAACAAUUAAACUACCUGAGAGUAUAUGGUAUGUUUGUUUCUCUAGUUGAGACUCAUGUAAAAUGUAGUACAGAUCUGGUUAACAACAAUUAAACUACCUGAGAGUAUAUCGUAUGUUUGUUUCUCUAGUUGAGACUCAUGUAAAAUGUAGUACAGAUCUGGUUAACAACAAUUAAACUACCUGAGAGUAUAUCGUAUGUUUGUUUCUCUAGUUGAGACUCAUGUAAAAUGUAGUACAGAUCUGGUUAACAACAAUUAAACUACCUGAGAGUAUAUGGUAUGUUUGUUUCUCUAGUUGAGACUCAUGUAAAAUGUAGUACAGAUCUGGUUAACAACAAUUAAACUACCUGAGAGUAUAUCGUAUGUUUGUUUCUCUAGUUGAGACUCAUGUAAAAUGUAGUACAGAUCUGGUUAACAACAAUUAAACUACCUGAGAGUAUAUGGUAUGUUUGUUUCUCUAGUUGAGACUCAUGUAAAAUGUACAUGUUCAAAUGAUAAAACAAACGUACAUCAAGAUCCCUUUAUGGAAGAUCCCUUUAUGGAAGAUCCCUUUAUGGAAGAUCCCUUUAUGGAAGAUCCCUUUAUGGAAGAUCCCUUUAUGGAAGAUCCCUUUAUGGAAGAUCCCUUUAUGGAAGAUCCCUUUAUGGAAGAUCCCUUUAUGGAAGGAACUUGUGUACUUAUUAAAAUCAGUCUCCCCCUUUUAUUUAUCGUCAUAUUUUUUAAUGGACCGUUUAGGGACCCCAAAAAACAUUCUUUGUUGCAAUGUGAAUAAAUGUUACUAUCAUGUUUGUGUUGUGAAA